ACGGCGUCUAUACUCGAGCGUUUUACCCUGGUCAACAAAGUCUUUUUGUGAAUGUCGACGAGGAAAACCACAAACAAAUUGGCCCAAACAAUAUUUUAAAUCACGAUGGAGAUGGACGAGGACAUUGACGCCGUCCUGCUGCGGCAAUUUAACUGCAUGGGGACGACUGACAAGGAAGUCCUGAUUAAAGAACUGCAGGGCUUAGUGGGUGCGCAUCUCAAUGAACAUUCGGCCAAAUUUUAUCUAGAAAUGACAGAUUGGAAUCUUCAGGCAGCUGUGUGUGCCUACUUCGACCUGCAGUCCUACAACAAGCUUCCACAAAUGACUUUCGUUAAGGAUAUUACCAUAGGAGAGGGAGAAAGUGUUCCACCAAGCACGAGAUUUAUAAAAACGUGGCGCAUCCAAAACACUGGGGAGGAUGGGUGGCCAAUUGGCUGCAGCCUGAUCUUCACGGGGGGUGAGCAGCUUGGGGCGCCUUCGCAUGUGUCGGUAGCUUCCCUGGGGGCUGGGGAGUGUGCAGAUGUCUCAGUGGAGAUGCUGUCCCCUGCCGAACCUGGGCUCUACUCGUCCAAGUGGAGGAUGAGCACGACACAAGGAAAUUUUUUUGGAGAUACGAUAUGGGUCAUAGUACCAGUUGACUCCGGUGGCACCCUAGCCCUCAUGCAGCAAAUGGUGAACUUCAAGGCCCUGGGUUCCCCCCCCUCUGGCACGCACAUGGUCCCUGCAAACACGAUGUCUAACCCCUUUGCCCCGCUUCAUCUUGGCCAGCAGCCAGACAAGCCACAGCAGUCUGAACAGGAUUUACAACAGCAACAGCAGCAAGAGCAGCAGCAGCAGGAUUUACAUCAGCAGCAUGUACAACAACAACAGCAUCUACAGCAACAAAAGGAGCAGCAACAGCAGGAACAGCAGCAGCAGCAAUUAAAUGGAAAUUUUCCUAACCGAAGCCAUUCUAACCAUGCAACUUGUCGGGUCUCCACCCCUAACUCCCACCUAGAUGGAGAUGGAGACAUUGCCAUGAGCUAGUUGUGUUGGGAUGUUUUAACCUACAGUGAGUUAAGGCAAGCUUUGAAAUUCUUCUUCGUCUUUUUUAUUUAUGAAUAUAUUUUUUUUUUAUAAAAUGGAUCCAGUGUUAACCUGAGAACCUUGAGGUUGAAAUUAAUGAUUUAUAAUUUUUAUGGUAGCUCACAAUGUCUUUCCCAGGACUGGAAGUGGAACUAGCAACCAUCUUUUCAAGUUAGGCCAGCUUUGUAACUUGAAUUAGUAAAAAAGAAAAAAACAAAACAAAAACAAAAGCCUCAAAAUUUAUAAGCAUAAGCUUAGUUUAAAAACUCAGCUGCAACAUGAAGCAAGUAUCUUGGCCUGUUACAUAAGUUUCAGGUCCUGGAACAGAAGCCUUAAUUCAGACCCUCGUGACUGUGAGUGAUUAUUUUAGAAUUCUUAUUGUAAGUUGUUCCUUCUCCUUUAUUCUCCCCCUUUUUUUUUGUCAUUAAAAAAAAGAGGUUUCUCAGUUUUAAACAAAAA